AUGAACCUAACUGAGAACUGUGAGCUGCAGAUCCAUGAUGUGAAACCAAUGGACGCUGGAGUGUAUGGCUGUCACCAGCUCGGCCAAUCACAGAACAGCUCUGAGGCCGCCCGAGGACAGCGCUCAGAGAACAUCUUGACUGUGAUCACAAUUUCAAACCAAACUGUAGGCUCUUAUAGAAGGUGGGUCUGUUCUGUCACUCCGUACCAAAACGACAGAACUUGUGGAUACAUGGUGAAGUGGCUGGUCCAGGACUCAGAACGAAGCCGUUUCCAGUUUGGGGCUAUGGAGUGUUCAGCUCAGGUCACAUACACUGAGGGUACCUCUCCGCAUCUGAGCUGUGAGGUCACCGACUUGAACCGCAACCAGGUUUUUGUCUUGGACGCUGCAGGACCUCAGUUGACUGAGAGUGGACAAGAAGAAGCACAUGACGUCGUCGCACUUGUGGCUCUUCUGAUGCUGAUACUGCGUUCUGUGAUGGCCUGUGUUGUCAUGGUGAUACUGAUCCGAGAGACACGUGGACAAUGGAGGACGUCAGAGUAA